UUUAAUCGAUCAAGUAGGUGGCUGCCCGUUGACAUAUGUCAGUGAUUUUAGGAAAUUUUUAGAAAAUGUGGAUUUUAUAAAAGAAAAACGCGUUUUGCUUUUGUAAUGUUUCCCUAAUUUGGACAAAAUCACAGAAAGCAAAAGGGCUCGUUAGUGUAUUUAAUCGUUUCAGAGCUCUAGUGUUGUAUUAACUUAUUAAGUAUAAUAAAAUGGGCAAUGUUCAAGCUUAUUCAGCACCUCCUCCGCCACCUCCAGGAGUCUAUACAAAAUCUAAAGAAGCAGAAACAAAAGUUACAGAAGAAGCUAAUGUAGAAAAUCCAGGUCCAUUAGAAGACAUACAUACAAAGUGCAAAAAUGUGUUCCCUACGUGUUUCGAAGGCGCCAGAAUUAUGCUUACAAGGGGCUUAAGCAAUCAUUUUCAAAUAUCUCAUACAGUUAAUAUGAGUUCCGUCACUCCUAGUGGGUACCGAUUUGGAGCCACAUAUGUAGGAACAAAACAACUUUCACAGAACGAAGCCUAUCCUAUUUUGUUAGGAGACAUUGACCCUACUGGAAAUUUGAACGCUACAAUCAUUCACCAAAUUCAACCAAAGUUACAAGCAAAAUUUGGUGCACAAGUACAAAAUUCAAAAUUUCAAGUGGGUCAACUGACAUUAAAUUAUCGAGGCAGUGAUUAUACUGCAAGUAUGACUGUUGCCAAUCCUGAUGUAAUUAAUAGUUCAGGAGUUGUAGUUUUACAUUAUUUGCAAGCUGUCACGUCACGAUUGGCUUUAGGGACAGAACUGGCAUACCAAAAAGGCCCUGGUGUACCAGGAGGUGAAAUUGCUCUGUUAAGUGUAGCAGGAAGAUAUGCAACUGAAAAUUAUCAGGUCUCAGGGACAUUAGGUGUAUCAGGUGUGCAUUUAUGUUAUUAUCAGAAGGCUAGCAAACAAUUACAAAUCGGAGUUGAAUUAGAAGCGAAUAAUAGAGUUCAAGAAUCAGUUGCAUCAAUUGGUUAUCAAGUGGACCUGCCAAAAAGUGAAGUAGUUUUUAAAGGCCAUAUAGAUUCAAAUUGGUCAGUUGGUGCUGUUAUAGAAAAAAAAUUAAGCCCUUUACCUUUUACUUUAGCCAUUAGUGGACUAAUGAAUCAUCAGAAAAACAAUUUUAGACUUGGAGUGGGUGUGUUAAUAGGUUAAAACUAAAGAGUUUGAGUGAUAUAAAUAGCAGCGACACUACAAAAAUUAUUACUAAAAGAAUUAACUUAGACAUGUCUUUUUUGGACUGCUAUUAAAAUUGUUAUUUUAAAAGCAACUAAUAUUUUUUUUCGAUUUUAAAAGUUGUUUUUUUUUGCGUACAGGAAAUAUCUUUUAUACUUUCCAUUUUUGUUUCCACAAAGAGAAAUAAACAAGGAAAACAUCAUACUGGGCACUAUGCAUUUUAUUAUAUAUAAGUGCCAUUUCUAAAUGUGAUUAUUUCUAGAAAUACGGGCGUUUUUUCCAGUAAUGUUUUUGUUAUCAUUUUUUUAUAAUGUAAAUGAAAAAUGUUGUAAAAUAGUAGACAAAAUAUAUUGUUGAUAUAAAGAUAAAUUUAUUAUUAAAAGUUCAUAAUAGACGAGAAUAGACACAAUCACACUUUA